AUGACGAGUGAUAGACAGUUUGUUGCAAUUCAGACCGAAACGAUACUACCAUGCAUGACAUGCCCAAUCUGCCAUAAGCUCUUCAGAAAUGCUACCACCAUCUCUGAAUGUCUUCACUCAUUUUGCAAGAAGUGCAUAUAUAAUAAGAUAACGAGAGAAGAGUUGGAUUGCUGUCCAGUAUGCAACGUUUAUCUUGGUUGUGCUCCAUUGGAAAGACUCAGGCCUGACCACUAUUUGCAAGAUAUUCGGGCGAUACUCUUCAAUCCCUCAACUAGAAAAGAGUCCAAGGAACCGAAAUCCGGGCCCUCUAUCCCACUGCCUGCUGCUACUAAAGAGCCAGAGGAAACUGACGAUGUUCAUUCUGUUCCAUUGCCUGGAAGAAGAAAGAAGAGGUCUAUGUCUAUCUCUUCCUUGGUUAGACAACCUAAGGCAUCAAGUGAGACUGGUAUGAUUGGAAGAAAGAAACCCGGGCCGAAAAAGGCCUAUGCUCCUAGAGGAUCCACACUAUCGAUUAACGAGCCUACUGGAAAAGAGGAGGAAAGUCGUAAAAGCUCAAGCCCUCAUUUAACUCUAAGCAAGAUUACUCGAUACAAAGAGCAGAAUUUACAUGAUGGUGAGUCCUCUAAGCAGAAAAUGCCUAAAAAAGGUGCAGUGGAUCCUGUGGUUACGCCAUUGGAUGGAAUGGCUGAUAUCUGGAAACCCUUGAAUUGCCUUGUAGAAGCUGCAGAUGCGACAAGACUUGGAAAUCCUCCCAUGCCAUUGUCUGUGACCAAAUCAGUACCACCGAGCAUCCGUUCGGAUGAAGCACCGGUGAACAAAACAAAAUCCAAGGAGCGAUCGGUUCGGUUCAAUGUCGUUGAGGAGGGUGGAUCACAUCUUGUGCCAUCCGGUUCAGGCAAAUCAGUACCAACAAGCAUCCGUUCAGAUGAAGCACUGACGAACAAAACCAAAUCCAAGGAGCGAUCGGUUCAGUUCAAUGAUGUUGAGGAGGGGGGAUCACAUCUUGUGCCAUCCAGUCCAUCGAAACCUAGAAAGUAUUUCGGGGUUCACUGGAAAAGAGAUGGAUCCUGUGAAGGGGGAAAUAUUGCACCACAAGCUUUGGUUAAUGCUGCCAGCACUGUGUCCAAUGAAGGAGCUCAUCCAAUUUGGUUCUCCUUAGUUGCUUCUGAUUCCCAGGAAGGAGAUGCACCCCUGCCACAGAUACCUUCUUGCUACUUGAGGAUAAAGAAUGCAAAUUUACCAGUUUCCUUCAUCCAAAAGUAUAUUGUGAAAAAGCUGAAUCUUUACAGUGAAGCUGAGGUGGAGAUCACAAUGCAGGGCCACCUAGUGCCUCCCGACUUGCAACUCCGUAACUUGAUCGACUUGUGGUCGCGAAGAGCACCGAAAUCGGAGACAUUAAAGACAGCGGUGGGACGCUCAGCUGAGGACUUUGUCAUGGUUCUCUGUUAUGGUCGAAAAACAUAGCUCUUUUCAAAUAUCUUCGAACAACAAUACUCAGACUCAAGUCCCCCUGGUCCAAAACUUCCUGUUUUUUAGAUUAAUAAUAAAUUUGUUGUAGAGAAAGUUUAGUGUAAAAUCUUUAAUCGUAUUACCCGUAUGCAUACAGAAUCAGCGAUGAUGGUUGGGGUUGCGUGCAUGU